ACGGAUUCCACACAGUGCCAUGAAGCGAGGACGACCAGGAGCGGACGACGACGCCGUCCCUGACGGGUGGAUCGUACGCAUGUCUGCGUCCAAGAACAAACCAUACUACAUACACGUGUCGACAAACAAGACGCAGUGGCAUCACCCGAACUCGGACAAGCCGCAGAAGAAAAGCAAACCAUUCGGUGGAGCUGAAGUUGCCGACGCCACUACCGUGGCCGUCACGCGUGCCUUUCGUGUGGGUGGCACCAACGUCUCGUCCAAGAGCGCGAGCCUUUGUUUGUUCCAACCUUGGCCUCAUCAAGUUCGCGCCGUGGCCAGGGUCGUUGCAGCCAUCGCCACGCACUCGAACAACCCCGUGGCAUCCUCAGGCGCCACUCCAUCCAAUUUCCUCAUCCAACACAGCACUGGGUCUGGCAAGUCGUACACAAUUGCGUGCUUGGCGUACCAGCUGCUGUACACGCGAGACAUCGCGGGCCGAGGCUUCCACACGGUGAUCAUACUGGUGGACCGCAUCAAGCUGGACCAGCAGCUAGGCGACACGGUCGAAUCGUUCUUGCAUCGAAACGGCAUCGAGUCGGUGUUUCGCGCAGAAACCAUCGAGCACCUCAGCACGGUCGUGGGUAUGCCUGCCAACGCUCAAAAGGUGAUUGUCACCACGACCCACAAGCUGGCUCUGCUCGUGCAAGACAAAGUUCUGUUGGCGCGGCUGCUGGCAUCUUCAUCUGGCGCCAGCCUUGGGAAUAUAACGCAUGUGGCCAUCAUCGCCGACGAAGUCCACCGCUCGCAUACGUCGGGUACACGAGACUCGAUCUCGACCGUAUUGGACGCGCUCCACCACAAAACUUAUUACAUUGGCUUCUCCGCCACGCCAAGCGUCCACACGUUGCGGAUGUUUGGCCAUAGGGACGACAGGACUUCUUCCCUUCGACCGUUUGACUGCCAUUCCAUCGCCCAAGCCGUCGACGCCCAUCAUAUUGUCAACGUGUUGGAGCACUUUACAAGCUUGACGUGCACGUAUUCCGUCGCACAAUCCACUGAAAACAAUGUGGGAAUCUCACAUAAGGACAACCUUCCCUGGCUACAAAUGCAACUGGCGAGCUCGCAUCCUGCAAUCUUAGCCGCGAAAGCGUCGUCGAUGAUGCAGCAUUUCGUGCAAACGUGCAAAACAACCCAAGUGUUUGCAAAGUGCCUUGUCGUCGCUCGAAAUCGAAAGGACGUCGUGACGUACCAUCGCCUUCUCACGGCCUUUAUGACCCACCAGAACCUUCCUGGACGUGUGUAUUGUACGUUUAGCCCGUUUGACAAUGUGCAUGAAAACCAAUUCAACACGUGUACAUUACCCCAAGCCGACGUGAUUGUCGUAUGCGACAAGCUCGAUACAGGCUACAACGAACCUGCGCUUGUGGCCAUGUAUAUAGACCGUCCGUUGGUCGCGUACGGUCGCAUUGUGCAGCUCCUGUCUCGGUUGAAUCGGUGUCGAGAGGGCAAGUCCCGCGUAUUUGUUCGAGACUACGCCAACCACCCCGCCCACGUACACCAUCACGGCUCUUUUAUAGCAGAAAGAAACGAUCUCUAGUCCCUAUUUUUUCUUUGUUGUUAACUUUGUAGAUUCGACGGGCAUUUGACGAGUUUGCCCACGAGUCGUCUGAGAGUAGCUCGAGCCAGCCCGAUUUGACCAAGGUCGCGCUCGACUUGAAGACCGCCAGUGUCGUGCUAUGGACGACGUUGCCUGGCUUGUUGUUGGACGGCGACGGACGACGACACGAUGCGCUGGUCGACGUCGCGGACGUGGCCGCCGCCGUGCAUCGGUGCCACAUGGACACGUACUUGCAAAUCAAACAUGCGUUGGCUAUGUACUUGGACGCAUCGGCGGUUCUACACCGAGAAUCGCCCUACUUACCGAGACUGUGCGUCGAUAGCAGCAGUACACCACCUUGUUUGUGCUUACUCUGUUAAAGAGUUUUAUGCGUUUUUGGGUUGUUAUAUACACGCCAGAUGAUCAAGAGAGAAAAAGCCGUGGUAAAUGACGGGGGAUUGGUUCAUGUUAUGUUUGGAAUGUGUGUGUAGGUGGGUGGCCGAGUUUAAGCGACGAGUGGUUGACGACUUUGUUGGCGGCAGCAGCAGCAUCCACGACAUCUCAUGCGACCAAACCUGUGCGGCGUGCGUUGCCGCCGUUCGCGUUAUCUCCAACGUGACAUUGGACACGACCUAUCACGGCAACCUGUGGCGUAAUGCCAUGUACGACAGAUUGUACGAUCUACUGACGAAUGCCCCAGCAACGAGCCAGAGCACUGCACCACUCGACGCUCGACCGGAAGACGGGGUAGACUACUUGCUGCGAUCGUUGACGAGAUGAAAUGAAGACCACGUCAUGUCGUUACGAGUAUAUUCCAAACGCUCAACUUCUCACACGAAGGUCGAUGUUCAGUUCGUUGAUCGCAAAGACAGCUACAAUGAAUGGUCUGGUUGUUCACAAA